GGCGUUUGGGCGGCUCCGGGAUGUCCGAAGCGAGGCGCGUCUGUUGCCAUGGAGCAAAACGCCUUUGGCUCAGGCGAAGAAGGCGCUGAGAGCAAGCAAAAGACUGAAGCAGGAAGGCAACGAGAGCCUCCGAAUUGGCGAAGGGUUCCGCCCGAAGAGAUGCACCCCAGCAGGAGGAGGGCGAGGCCUACCCCUUUCUCCCUUCUCUCCCUCAGUUUCUAAUGGAAACAAUGGAAAAGUUUGACAAGGAGCAGCAAGUGGACGGCUGUGGUGACUUCGAAGCCCUGCCCGCGCUUUCCGAGGAGGAGGAGAAUGUGUCUCUGGCUGAUGUUUUGUCACUCCAGGAUAGUUGUCUUACUGAGGAUGAAAUCUGGGCUAUUUGCCUCGAGUGCAGCAAGUCUUUGAAAAGCAUUUCCCAUGCUCCAAUAUUCCAGACACUUUGCAUUACUCCUGACACCUUGGCUUUUAACACCAAUGGCAAUGUAUGCUUCAUGGAAGAUAUCAGUGAUGACCCAGAAGGUGCCUUUACGCCGCCAGAGAUCGAUGUAACUGGUAACACUUUUGCAGCACACAUCUUUUCUUUGGGAGCCACACUAGAAGCUGUAGUUGAGUACAUGAUGGAGCCUGAAAUAUAUUCAGAAUGUAGCCAAGAUCUACAUACUCUGCUUGAAAAAAUGCAGGAAGAAAAUCCUAAAGAUAGACCAGAAAUUGAGGAUGUCAUAUUUUUGUGUGAAGAGAAAUUGAAGCUCUCAUCCUCCAGUGAUAUUUGCCAGUGUCUUUCUGCUAUUGGAAGAACAGUACUUUCAAUGGAAUCAUGUGGUGCCUUUGAAGAUAGUUGCAAUAACUUGUGGAAAAGACGAGACAAUCAGAAGAUUUCACUUUAUGAACAGUGUGCAGAUGACUACUUAAGAGAAAAUUCAUCUCCAGAUGUUGAAGCUGAUAGUGGUAGAAAUUCCUCUGCUGUGUGUAUAGCAAAUGAUCAAAGUGAAGAUAUGAAAGAAGUUAAAAACAACCUAGUGAAUGAAGGCUUUUGCUAUCAGCCAGUUUCAUCUCCAACUGCAAAAUGUAAAGAAGAGGAGAAAAGUACAGAAUACAACACACUGGAGACAAAACCUUACACGUGUGAAUUGGGGACAAAAAUGCUUAAAACAAACUGCUUGCGGAAGGUGACAACAUUUCCAAUGCUGCCAUUUGAAUCUGAGACAGAACCAAGAACUUUCUUCCCCAUUAAAACUCAAAAUGGGCCACUAACAAGAAAAUACAAUCCGUUACAAUCCAAAUCAUUAUCUUUAUUAAGUAACAAUCACAAUGUUUUAGAAAGAGGGCUAAAUUAUGGCCAUAGAAAUAGUCAACUUGGCCCAAACGCAGGAUAUUUCCAGGAGACCAAUAGUUACUUAAAGGAAUUUUACCUGAACCCAAAGAUACCUUGGCUUUAUCAAUACCAUGUGAAAUCUUGUGAUGACAAUAAAGCAGAUUUUCAGCCAUAUAAUCAUUCUGUUUCUGAAACCCAAGAAAACUUUGGUAAAUUAAAUGGCUCAAAUGAAUCACAUUCUAGCUAUCAAAUACUAGAAAGCUAUGAACCAUGGCAAUAUUGUGAAAAUUCUCCAUGUUCAAAUAAAAACACUAUGUUAGGUGUUGGCACGGUGUCUACAGUGUUUACAGAACUCAACAAAAAUAGAUAUAGCUCAAACUCGCUAAAUUCUCCGGCCAAAAAACUCACGAAGAGAAAAGACUGUUAUAUUGAAGACAUGCAUUAUAUUGAAGAUUCACUGCAGUUCAGUGAAGAUAGGAAGUCUGAUAUGAAAAAUAAUGAACAGUGCAUUUUUCUUAAACACCUCUUAACACAAUAUGGCGAACCCUUGAAAGACUAUGAACUGUGGGCUUUAUGCCGUGAAUGCUUGCUUACUCUGGAAACAUAUGCAGAUUAUCCAGAAUAUUUGUGUUUAGACUCUGUUAUGAUCAACAAUGAUGGAAGCAUUCUUUUUGUUCCACCUAAAAGUGAAGACUCAUAUGAUAUGUUUUAUCUGGCUCCUGAGAUAUCAGAAGAGGAUUUUGUUCCUGAAAAGGUCUGUAUUUACUGUAUUGCUGCAAUUUUGUGGAGAGCAGCAAAAUGCAAUUUUCCAGCUGAUCGCAAACUGGUGUUGCCAAGGAAACUGAAGAAUUUUCUUCUGGAGAUGGCAAGAAGAAAUUCAGAAGACAGACCUUCUCUGGCAGAUGCAAUUAAGACAUGUGACAGCUAUCUGCUUGAAGAAAGUAUAAACAGCAAGAAGGUUCUGGCCUUUUUAACCAAAUAUGCCUUUCAGGGUUUCAAAGAAGCGGAUUCUUUUAAUGAUAGCUUGCCUUUAGAUUUUGAAACUGAGAGACAUUCAGUGGACGAUAAUUUGGGAUUUUUACCUAUGAGCAAUGAAAGUAAACUGAAAGCAGUGAAAGGACCAGUCCCCUGCCAGCUGCCUUUAAAUAGAGAAAACACUACAUUGCCAUUUGCUUUCACUUCUUCAGCAACACACUUUAAGCCAAUUAUCCUGCAUCAAAAUAUGGAUAGUAAAAAAAAUGCCACUGCAUCUGUGAUGGUACAGGAUGAAACAAUUGUGGAGGAAAUGGUACCUGUGAAUGAGAAAAAUUCAUUGGAUUUAAAUAUUGACACUGAAAAUCAGAAAGUUGAAGGCAUUGAUUUGCCAGUUACUUCUAUGACAUCCGAUAUUCUUGAGCCUGAUACACAAAAACAUUUAAACACUAACUCAUGCAUGGAUAACUUACCAUUGCUCUCUAAAUCUUCAUGUAUCUCUCAAGAGAUACGUAUUUCACAAUCACCUUCUUCAAGCAUUUCAAGUUGUACUGUAUCAUCUAGUUUGACUUUCAUAAAUAACUUUCUUUUAAAGCAAGACCCAGAGACAAGGGUCUUGACACUUGUACCAGUACAGAUCGCAGUUUCAGAACAAAUACCAAAUCAACCCCUCCAUUCACAGACAGCUUACAGUUGUUCUAGUUUGCAUGUCCUCCUUUCAGAUUCGAUUGUGAGUUAUGCUGCUGAUAAGGCCCUGCAGCAGAAAUCAUCUGUAAACCAUCUGAGAAAUUGCAAGCCUACAGAUGCACAAAGUAAAUUUUGGGACAUGAAAGCCCAGAUUAACAGUUUGCCCCCAGCAACCAUUAAUAACGAGACUCAGAUGAAGUGUUUUGAAAAGGCUGCAUUGCACAUAAUUAACAUUGGGCCUGGUACAGCUACAGAGAGCAGUGGCUCCUUAUCAGAUCACACAUCACAUAUCUACAUGAAUCAGAAAACUGCUUCUCCAGUCAUGGUUGGAACCUCGUAUCCAAAUAAUGGGAUAAAUGAACCCGUCUUGAUGAACAUAGUCCAUCUCAUCCAAGAAGAGCUUCCGUUUAAUACAUCCUGGGAGAAUACGGAUGAAAUUGUGGCUAUAGGUAAAUAUAUAUUUGGUGUAAGGGAUCUGCAAUAUAACACUUUUUGUACUGCAGUAUCUGAAAAAUUUUGUGAGUUUAAUUGGAAAGAAAAAUUACUAGCAAACCUUUAUGAUGCAGCAAAUGAUAGAUCUCCUCUGACUAUAAAAAUGGAUGAAAUAAAACAUCAUGGUGAUACAUUUCAAGGCCAAAAUAAACCUAAAAGCUUUCUGAAUGCCAAUGAAGAAACAAAUUUUUCUGUUUCUGUUGCUGAUGACCUUCCACAAGAUAACACUGAAAAAGAAGUCAGAACAGAAAUAGAGGAAGAAUGUUUGCAAACCAAUACAACCUACAUCGAUCCAGAUUUUCCAGAAGAGGUUCAAAGCCAAGAAGAACUUUUAGUACUCAAAGAGGAAGAUAUUUACACUGGCUCACCCUGCUUGUCUGAACUCAAUGGAUUUUGUCCUGGUUGGAGAAGCGCAUUCUAUGGAUCAGAAUGUUUUAGUUUAGAAGUUCAUGACUACGUCAGAAAACUUGGAAAGCGGAGGGACAGUGGAACUCAAAAUAUAGGUGCUAAGAUAGUGGAACUUGAGCAGCAGAUAAUGAUUGAAACAAAAAAUUAUAAUAAGAGUAGAAGAUUCUAUUACAGGCUGUUACAUAAAGAUUGGAGGAGAAGAGGUGGUGAAGUGAAAACUAUGUUGCCUAAACUGAUGAGACAAUUAGAAGAAACAAGAUCAAGGGCACAUUUUCUUGAACUGGCAAAGGAGUAUCUACAGAUAAUAAAUACAGAAAAAUGGGGAAUUGAACCAAGCAACCUUCUUAAAGUGGUUAACAUGGCAAGAAAUGAAACACUGGGUAUCAGCUCAUUGGACAGUAUGCUCCUUUUCUAUAAUAUUAAUAAAAAUCAGUGUAAUAAAUCCCAAUAUAACAACAGUCAGCCAAGGAAUCUACAUGCUGGAACACCACUUGGGCUAAUGGCAUAUCUCUACUCCAGAAAUGCAUUUUUAGAAGGUUAUGUACAACAGUUCCUCUUCACCUUUCGGUAUUUUUGCUCACAAGAAGAACUUUUACAAUUUCUUCUUGAUAGAAUCAGUAUAACCUUACCCAGCCCAGAAAACUGUCCAUUGCUUAGCAAAAUCAACUUCCGCAGUUUCUCCAUUCUGCAGAUGUGGAUUGAAAGCUGUUAUGCUGUAGACUUUGCAGUAAACCCUGACUUUAUGCGUACUCUAAAAGACUUUCUCAUUUCCAAGGUAGUUCCACUCAGUGGCUAUAGCAAAUGGCUCCUAUCGUGGCUUGACCUCAUUACUAGCAGGAAGGAAAAGAGCGUUUCUCUGUGCUUUCAAAUGGAAAACUGGAGAGAAAUGGAGCAGCCCUGUGAAACGCAGUCUCUACGCUCUUCUUGCAGGAGGCUCUCAAAAAAUAUUUUACUAAAGAGCUUUAACUGGAAACCCUCAAAAAGAAAUGAAGUUAUUGCUCCUUACCAAAAAGAUAAACAACCUAUGAUUGCAUCCUCUUUACCAAAACAAUGCUUUACAAAUAUAACAGAAAGCUUCCAUGGGGAAGAAUAUUUCUUAACAGAAUAUACUGCGCAACAACUUUGUUGUCAGCUAACACUGUUGGAACAGGAAAUGUUCCAUAAAUGUCACCCAGUGCACUUUCUAAAUUCAAGAUUCCUUGGAGUAAAAGACAAAAGUGUGCCUCUCCAGAAAGUUGCUUCCGCUGAACUCUUGCCUACUCAAAUCUAUAAUCUUUUUGUCAAAAACUGUGUCCAAGAUGAUUACCUCUUGCAGCUUUUGAAAUAUGCAGACAAUGUCAGUACCUGGGUUGCAGCUGAAAUUGUAACAAGCUACAGUACUAAGACCCAGGUGAACUUGCUAACAAAAUUUCUCUCCAUUGCAAAGUGUUGCUAUGAGCAAAGAAAUUUUGCCACUACAAUACAAAUCCUAAAUGGCCUGGAACAUCUUGUUGUGAGACAGUUGCCAGUUUGGAAAAGUUUGCCUUCUAAGAUAUUGGGGAUAAUGGAAGAACUAACAGCUGUUGAGGUGUUUUUAAAAAGUGACAGCUUAUGUUUAAUGGAAGGAGAGAGGUUUAAAACUUUGCCAACAAUCCCAUCGGCCCAUGUUCUGGCAAUGCACGUUCAACAGCUUGAAACAGGAGGAUUUACCAUGAAAAACGGCACCUUUAAGUGGACUAAACUUAGAACCAUUGCAAAAGUUGUGAGCCAGAUUCAUGCAUUUCAAGAAAAUCCCUACAUGCUUUCUCCAGAUCGCAAACUGCAGUCUUUCUUGAGACACAGAAUAGCCUCUUUUAAUGAUGCAGACAUCUCUGCCUUAGCAGCUGUCAACUCUGCCAACUUUCACCAGAUGCCGGCUGAAAAGCAAUCUCGAAAAAUCCAGGACACCUUGCAGAAGAUGAAGACAAUGUUUCAGUGAUUGUUUAAACCCUGUCUUUCUGUAACAUUGCAGGCAUAAAGUAACUUACAUUUUCAAGCUGGUGACCAGAUGGUACCACAUGUGUAAUUAGCUUUCCAAUCCUACAUAGCUUUGCUUGGAAACAAGUUCAAGAGUGUUUAAUGGAGCUUGCUCCCAGGCAAAUGUGUAUUGAAUUGCAGCCUUACAAGUAUAACCUCCAUUUGAACUCAAUAUUGACAACGUGUUCUACAUGAAUCAAUGUGUUUUGAAAAAUCAAAGCUCUGAGUGAAAGGGGCCGGAUCACUGCUGUAUUGUUUCCUUGUUUAACACUUCAUAGAUCUCAAAUGGACUUAUCUGAUUCAAAUGUGGUGUAAAGAAAUGUAAUAUUUGUUGUACGUAUGUAUUUUUCUUUUGGAGAAUAGUGGAUAUUGCAAAGCACAUGACGAAACUGGGAAGUGAGAUCUUGAUAUGUGAAUUAUUUCACAAAGCUGAGAGACUCAAGGAGAGGUGGCAAAAGACCAUCUUUACAUGUCUUACUGGCCUGCAAUCAUCUUGUCUGCUUUCAAAGAACAAAGAGAAACCAUAUUCAAAUUGAAUCUCUUAUGUAUAAUUUCCUGGAGAGGGUUCUUUUUUCAAGGUUGUGCCAAAUAUAUAUUUACCCCCCAAAAUGGCUACACUAUUAAAAGAACUUGGCCAGUAUUCUAUAUAUGUAUUCCAUAUUCAUGAUUCCUACUUGGACACAGUUGUGACAAUACUAGCACAGUCAUAACUUCCUCCUCUCAUCUAUUUUUGCAAGCAUCAGUUUCAGGGGGAAACAGAGGUCCAUUUGGGCAACAAUCAGAAAAAAGCUUUAAAAACUUUGUCUCGUAGCACAUUCUUGUGUCAGCUGCAGCAUGUGGCACGAACAUAAGGAAAAACCUUUGAGUCUAUGUGAAAUAAGCAAUAAAUCAUAUAUUUUUAAAAAUA